CUACACUUCUGUUUCCUCUGGUUGCACUGCUUGAGCUACCUAUCUGUUCCAUAUCUUCAGAGAAGUCUGUGUCUGGGGUAAUAUACCAAUUACCCCUGAGCUUUGACAGCCUUGCUUCGAUAGCCUGCUUUCUAAAAUACCCUCACGUUUCCCCUCUCAUUAAUAAUCAUCUUACAUAUCCUUCCAUAUUCCUAAACCGCAAUCAUGGUCGCCAAUGAGAAGCCUGCGUCUACCUUCCGGUACAAUGAGAAGCCGGUGUAUACCACCUCCAAUGGCUACCCCAUUGAGCAUCCCUCUAUGUGGCAGCGAGUUGGUACACAUGGCCCCUUACUGCUUCAGGACUUCCAUUUGAUUGAUCUCCUCGCCCACUUUGACCGCGAGCGUAUUCCUGAGCGUGUCGUCCACGCCAAGGGAGCUGGAGCCUAUGGAGAGUUCGAAGUCACCGACGAUAUCAGCGACAUUACCACUGUUGAUAUGUUGAAUGGCGUUGGCAAGAAGACUCCUCUUGUAAUUCGCUUCUCUACCGUCGGUGGCGAGAAAGGUUCGGCCGACAGUGCCAGAGAUCCUCGAGGAUUCGCUAUUAAGUUCUAUACACAACAGGGCAACUGGGAUUGGGUCUACAACAACACCCCUAUCUUCUUCCUUCGAGAUCCCUCCAACUUCCCAUUGUUCAUUCACACUCAGAAGCGCAACCCUCAGACCAACCUGAAGGAUGCUACCAUGUUCUGGGACUACUUGUCUACCCACCAAGAGUCUAUCCACCAGGUCAUGCAUCUCUUCUCCGACAGAGGAACCCCGUACUCAUACCGUCACAUGAACGGGUACUCUGGCCACACCCACAAGUGGAUCAAGCCCGAUGGUUCUUUCGUCUACGUUCAGGUCCACCUGAAGACUGACCAAGGAAGCAAGACUCUCAAUAAUGCGGAGGCUGGUAAGCUAGCUUCCGAAAACCCCGACCAUGCUACUCAAGAUUUGUUUGAGGCCAUCCAAAGGGGCGAGUUCCCGAGCUGGACAGUCUACGUACAGACCUUAACGCCAGAGCAGGCUGAGAAAUUUAAGUGGAAUAUCUUCGACCUGACUAAGGUCUGGCCGCAGGCCGAGGUGCCUCUGCGACGAUUUGGCAAGAUGACACUCAACAAGAAUGUAGAGAACUACUUUGCCGAGAUUGAGCAAGUUGCCUUCUCUCCGUCGCACCUUGUCCCCGGCGUCGAGCCGUCAGCAGACCCCGUGCUCCAGUCUCGUCUGUUCUCCUACCCCGACACCCACCGACACAGAUUGGGUGUCAACUACCAACAAAUCCCCGUAAACGCGCCCCUCCACGCUUUCAACCCCUUCCAGCGUGACGGUGCCAUGUCCGUAAACGGGAACUACGGCGCGAACCCCAACUACCCCAGCAGCUACCGGCCGUUGACGUUCCAGACGAUCAAGCCCGUCAACCCCCACGAGAAGUGGGCCGGCGCCGCCGUGAGCGACCUCUUCGACCAGGUCCAGCCUCACGACUACGAGCAGGCUAACGGUCUGUGGAAUGUCCUCGGCCGGACCCCCGGUCAGCAGGAGAACUUCAUCGGCAACGUCGCGGGCCACCUGUGCGGCGCCCACGUCGACACCCGUAACCGGACUUACGACAUGUUCACCAAGGUCAACCCCGAGCUCGGCGCCGCCAUCAAGGCCGCGACCGAGAAGAACGUCAAGCUAUGAUGAGUAUGGAAAAAGCUUAUGGGGAAAAGGGUCUAAUGAUGUAUUCAAAGA